GUGUUAAUGUAGGCUAAAAGUGCUCAGGCCCUGAUAAUAACAAUACACUUAUACAUUUUUAAAAUCAAAAAUUAGUUGUAACUAACACGAACAACUGUAUUGGCAUUAACUAACAGUAAGAAAUUAAGAUUAAUAAAUGCUGAAAAACUAUAUUUCUUGUUAUGUUGCCAACCUUUUUGUAAAGUGUUACCAAUGUUUGUGAUGUUACAAUUUUAUGAGAACUGGUUUGGCUGGAAAUGCAACAUCUGUCACUAUGCAAAAGAAUGUUGCAACCUUUCUAUAAAAUGAAAUGUUUACUUGGCAAAAGUCAUUUUCAGAUUCCGGGUGUGUCAACUACAGAACUACAGGCAUUAUGGAUCCGAAACAAAUCUUGGGUUAUGUAAAGUCUCCUCCAAUAGCAAAUGUGCCUUGCCUUGUGCUUUCAAAAUUACUCUGCAUGGCUAUUCCCAUUGCUCAGAUCGCCAUAGGUUCGGUAUAUCUCAAUGACUGUCCCAAGCAGAACUAUAUCCCCAUUUAUGUCCUGGUAUGUGGAGUGUUUGGUGUGGUUCUGGGCUUGUUGGCUUGUCUGCCCUGUGCUAGGGACACCGAUGAGGGAGGCCAUCCAACACUGAGCCUCCUCUGCUCGGUGUGGAAUGCACUGGUGUGCACAUUCCUUUUUUGCUGGUUGAUCAGUGGUAGUGUGUGGAUUUACUCCAUUUACCCCCCUAACUACAACCAAACCAUGACGGGCGAUCUCUACUGCAAUAAGACCCUCUAUCUGUUUGCAUUCUGGACCACCACAGUGGGAUACAUUCUAUUAGCUCUGUUUUUGUUGAUUGGCUGCUGUUGUUGUGUUGGUUAUUGUAUAUGUGGUUUAGCACAGAAAUGAAAAGUCGUCAUGACCAAAGAUCAUUUCUGCCAAUUUGUGUGCAAUUGUGAGAAAUCUUAACAACAUUGAUGUCUGUGCUAAACUUAAAGGUGUAGCGGGGGAUUUUCUCGAAUUUUAGAGAAGAACCGCCUUCUCCAUUUUUUAAAAAAUGCAAUUGGGCAACACUGACAACUAGGAGGACCAAUAGUCUUGAUGAUGCACCCAGAAAAAGAAAAUCCUCCGCAAUACCUUUAUCUAAACAUUUUGCGAAGAAGCAUAAGGUGUAAAGGGAUUGGAAGUUAUUACGUUUUUAUUUUUUUUUUUAAAGAUUUUUAUUUUUUAAUCAUUUACAUUACUUUUGAUGCUGUAAAUGGUAUUAUAACACAAAUUCAUGACUGACUAUAAGUCAAUUAUUUAAUGAACUUCAUUCUCCAUAGAAAUGCACACAAUGCAUUUUUGACAUGCAACUGUCAGUACUGUGAAAAGAAAUGUAUAAAAUGUGCUGAACAGGGUUGGUGUAAGUAAACACUGAUCACCUGAACGGAGCCUUCAAAAAAAUAUAAUUUACAACAAAACAACUUCAAUAAUAAAAGAGCUUAAACCUCUA